AUGGAAGUUGAAUGUCUGUUACUAAAAGACCUCAGCAGUCCGAGGAAGAGCUUCUCUGAGGAGGAGGAGGAGGAUGAAGGGCACAGUGAACAGAAAGAAAAUGUGCACACGGAGAGGAGAAGGUCAACCCCGCUGAAGUCGGCAGACUCCACCGUCCCCGUUCUGCUGGUGAACAGGAAGGGCUCCAGUCCCGAUCUGAGCCACAUCACCCCCAUGAAGCAGGCUGCUCUGGCAGAGCCCUGGACGCCCACGGCUAACCUGAAGGUGCUGCUCAGUGCGGCCAGCGUGGACAUCCGGGACAGAGAGAUGAAAAAGGUUCUGUUCAGACCGCUGGAGAACCACAAGGACGAGCCGCCCAGCUCCGACACCUUGGAGGAAACGGAGGUGGAAGACUCUGCUCAGUUUGAAGAGGACGAUGGAGAGAAGAAGCCAAGCAGGAAGCAGAAGAGUUUGGGUCUGCUGUGUCAGAAGUUCCUGGCUCUUUACCCAGACUACCCCCCACUUCACAGCGCCAUCUGGAUCACACUGGACGAGGUGGCAACCAGUCUGGGCGUGGAGCGACGCCGGAUCUAUGAUAUCGUCAACGUGCUCGAGUCUCUCUCCAUGGUGGGCCGGUUAGCCAAGAACAGCUACACCUGGUACGGCCGCCAGCGGCUGCCGGCCACACUGGAGGAGCUGCAGCGGCGGGGCCGAGAGCAGGGCUACCACCUCCAGAUGGACCUGACUGCUGAGAGCAGGACGGCUGGGCAGAGCCGAGAGGAUGACGGAGGGGAGGGAGACGCUGGGAACGCUGGGAGCAACAGAAAGGACAAAUCUCUGCGCAUCAUGAGUCAGAAGUUUGUCAUGCUGUUCCUGGUGUCCAAAACUCAGACCGUGACUUUGGAUGCAGCAGCAAAGGUCCUCAUCGAGGAGAGUCAGGACUCCUCGAGCCACAGCAAGUACAAAACCAAGGUGCGGCGUUUGUACGACAUCGCCAAUGUGCUGACCAGCUUAAACCUCAUCAAGAAGGUUCACGUGAGAGAGGAGAAAGGCAGGAAGCCGGCCUUUAAGUGGCUGGGCCCCGUGGACUUCAACAGCUCCAAAAACACGCUGAACACAGCGGCCGUGUGUCCGCGUGAGUCGGCGCCGUCAGCUAACGAGCAGGACUUCAGGACGACGAAGCUGGCUCGUCACGCCUCCUUCAACGUCACGCCCACAUCAGUCGCUGCGCUGCGGCAGGUCAACUCCGCCCCCAGCAGCCCUGGUCGUCACUCAACAGGUCUGUCCAGCCAGUCUGCAGAUUUUUCCAGAAUGUCUGUGAGCAGCAGCUCGGUGUGUCGACUGCAGUUUGGAAGCAGCACUGACAGUCGCCUCAACACGCCACUGUACGAUCAGCCCUCCUCCACCGUUCAGCCAACACAGCCCAGCCCAGGGAACCUCCUCAUCCCUUCGCCUCACUGCUUAGCCUACCUGCCCAGCCUGUCCCAACCCUCAGUGGUCAUGCUCUACAGGCCGCCGGACAAACAAGCAUGCACUGCUGAAGGUCAGAGGUCAGCCGGGUCAGAGCGUGGGGAGGAGAGGAAACGAAUGCGGGAGGAAAGUGAAGAAGCUGCAGAGACGGUGGGAAAAAAGAAAGCAAAACCCGUGUUUGAGGAAUCUGAAAAGCCGAGGGCCCCAGAGAGUCAAAGCAGCAGCGAGCACGCCCUGCCAUCGCACUACCUCUAUGUGCCCAACAGUGCAGGACUAAACAGCCUGAACUUCCUCAUCCCAGCCGGACAGCCCCCAGCCAGCAUAACACUUCCUCCCACCAUGGCACUGCCAUACGUCCUGGUACCUUCUGCUGCCAUCUCCCAGUACCCUCUGUUGGCCAGUAGCAUACAGCAGCAAAGCUCCGAUAGCCCCACCAGUCUGGGCUUCAGCCUGCCUGCCAUGGUGUCUCCCACUCACUUUAUGGUGGGGGCGACGCCUUACAGCGUGACGACGGUGCCAGAGGUCAGCAGGUCACAGCUUUCAUCGCCCGUGACUCCAGAACUGAACAGACGUUACAUGUCAGCGGGGGGCACACCACAUUCUCCUUCAGGGCCUCGACAGAUCGUCAACGUUAACACUCAGGAACCUCUGACUCCACACACACCGAAGGAACCCGCAGCUUCGUUUUCCAAAGCUUUCUUCCAAACCCCAGGAUCUCUGGGAAAUGUAGUAGCAGCUGCCCGGAGAAAAGGUUCAGCACAGAGGAGACUGGACGUCGGCGCCCUGACGGCCGUGGAAAAGCAGGGGAGCCCGUCCUGA